UUUACUAAUCACUCUCACGACACCAUACCAGUGUAACGCUUAAAUCGACGAACUCACCGCCAUUUUUAUCAUUUUCUCCGACCUUCAAAUACCAACACUCAAACAUCCCGGCGAACUAGGGUUUUUCUCCGGCGAUCUUCUACCUUUGCCGACAAAAUAUCGCCGGGAAAUAUGGAUCCCUUACUCCCGGUCAUACUCCUAUCAUUGAUUCUCGGAGCAAUCAUCUCGUUUCUCAUCUUCGGAAAUUAUUUCAGGAAGCAGAAAUCCGAAGUUGAAUCACUUGCGAAAGGCGAGCCUGUUAAUGAUGCGAUUUCUAAGAAGCCUUCGAAACCUACUGCUUCCAAAAAAUCUCAAUUUAAGCAUCAUUCUCAUGCUUCUGAUAAGGAGCAAAACAAGAAGCAUCAUCCAUUGGAUUUGAACACGUUGAAAGGUCAUGGUGAUUCGGUUGGUGGUCUGUCUUUUUCAUCAGACGGAAAAAAUUUGGUCACAGCCUGUGCAGAUGGUGUGGUCCGAGUUUUUAGGCUGGAUGAUAUUUCAAAUAAAAGUUUCAAAUUCUUGCGUAUUAAUAUGCCAGCUGGAAACCAUCCAACAGCUGUUGCUUUCUUAGAGGAUGAUUCAUCAAUCGUAGUAGCUACUCAAAAUCUUUUGGGAUCGUCAAUUUAUAUGUACGCAGAAGAGCAUGCUAAACCUUCGAGUGAAAGUAAACAACAAGCGAAGCUUCCUCUUCCUGAAAUCAAAUGGGAACAUCACAAAAUCCAUGACAAAAAUGCAAUAUUGAAUAUUUUUGGGGCUAAUGCAAGAUAUGGCAGUGCUGAUGGAAGCACUGUUAUAGCUUCCUGCUCCGAAGCAACUGAGAUUAAGCUUUGGCAUGGAAAAUCCGGAAAGCUAUUGGGAACAGUUGAUACUAAUCAACUUAAAAACCACAUGGCUUCAUUAUCACCAAAUGGACGUUUUAUGGCAGCUGCAGCAUUUACUGCUGAUGUGAAGAUUUGGGAAAUUAUUUACUCAAAGGAUGGUUUUGUUAAGGAGGUUAACAAGGCUAUGCAACUCAAGGGACACAAGAGUGCAGUAACCUGCCUAUGCUUUACAGCAAAUUCAGAUCAAAUUAUAACUGCAUCCAAGGAUGGCACCUUAAAAGUAUGGAAUAUUAAUGUUCGCUAUCAUAUGGAUGAGGACCCCAAGAUUCUAAGAGGAUUUCCAAUUCCUCUUCAUGAUUCAAAAGGAGCAACUUUGCAUUAUGUUCAUCUUAGUUUAUCUCCUGAUGGAAAGAUACUUGCUGCUACUCAUGGUUCUACGUUGCAAUGGCUAUGUUCUGAGACUGGAAAGGUUUUGGAUAUUGCUGAGAAUGCUCAUGACGGUGACAUUACAUGGAUUACUUGGGCACCUAAGGCCCUUCCUGUUGGGAAUUCUAAAUCCUUCAUUUUGGGGUCAUCUGGAGUUGACAAGAAAGUUAAAUUAUGGUUGGCACCUUUUAUUUCUUCAUCAUGAAUAAGUCACAUGGUAUGGCGUUGAUGGCUGGAAAAGCAUCACUGCCGUUUCUUCAAAAAUUCUGCGAUUUUGUAGUUUACAAAGUAUUAUAACAAUUGAUCAAACAGUAUUAUAACAAUUGUUAUUGUAAUUAGUUGUUGGGCUUUAAUAUGAGUUACAUUGUUCAACUUAA